AUGUCCUCUGAAAUCAUGUGUUUCGGCUCCCAGUCCUCACGGAAACCGGAUUUGCAGAGUACCUCGGGCUCGAAUUCGGCAAGCUCGUCGACUCCAGUUGGAACACCUGUUACAACGACGAUAGUAGGACUGGCUGUGAGCGAGACGGUGACAUUUACGACGACGUUGGUCACCGUCACGACUGUCGUACCGACACGAGCAACUUCCUCGAGAAGUUCGACGAGCAGCCGGACGUCGGCCACGAUCACUCGGACGGCAGACAAUAAUAUCAACGGGGGAGGAAAUGGCGGCUCAGCACCUUCUCCUGGAAGUGGAGGACACGAUGUAAACGGUCCCAACGACGAUUAUGUCGCUGGGGCGUCGCGACUCGUCUCCCCAGCCGCGGCUGCUUUGCUCGGCGGGAUGGCUGCUGGAGCGACGGUAUUGCUCUUCUGA